AUGAACCUUCGCCCAUCUGGAGAAGUAUACUCUGCCGAUACCUACUCCGACCUGGAGAAGCACUACCCCAACGACUGUAAGACGGCCAGUGGCAUCAACCCGCUAACAGCUCACAAAGCAUGGAACGACGUCGGGAACAACGCCUACGGCUGUGCCAAGCAGCUCUACGUCCUGAAGAAGGCCAAUCGCCGCAUGAAGGUCCUCCUGAGUAUCGGAGGCUGGACGUGGUCCACCAACUUCCCCGCCGCCGCCAGCACCCCCGAGGGCAGGGCGCUCUUCGCGUCGUCCUCUGUCCGGCUGAUGAAGGACUGGGGCUUCGACGGCGUCGACGUCGACUGGGAGUACCCCUCCAACGCCGCCGAGGCCGCCAACAUGGUCCUCCUGCUCCAGGCCGUCAGGAGUGAGCUGGACGCCUACGCCGCGAGACAUACCCCGGGCUACCACUACCUCCUGACGAUCGCAUCGCCCGCAGGGCCGAGCCACUACAGCAUCCUCAACCUCAAGGCACUAUCGGACGUCAUAGACGCCUUCAACUUGAUGGCGUACGACUACGCCGGCUCAUGGGACGCCAACAGCGGCCACCAGGCGAACCUCUACCCGAGCCCGGGCAAUCCAUCCGCGACGCCCUUCUCGACAGACGCCGCCGUCACCGACUACCUCCGCGCCGGCGUCCCGGCCUCCAAGAUCGUGCUCGGCAUGCCCGCCUACGGCCGCGCAUUCCAGCAGACCGACGGCGUCGGCCGGCCCUUCUCCGGCGUCGGCGGCGGGUCCUGGGAGCCCGGCGUAUGGGACUACAAGGCCCUGCCGCGCGCCGGCGCGACGGAGCUGUACGAUGCCACGGCCGCGGCCUCGUAUAGCUACGACGGGGCCGCCAGGGAGCUCGUCUCGUACGACACGCCCGCCGUCGUCCGGGCCAAGGUCGCGUAUCUGACGGGCAGGGGCCUCGGCGGCUCCAUGUUCUGGGAGGCCAGCGGGGACAGGAGCGGCGGGGGCGGGUUGUUGGCGGCGAGCUUCGAUGCCCUCGGCGGCGCGGCCGCGCAGGACAAGAGCCUGAAUCAGCUCCACUACCCGGACAGUCAGUAUGACAACAUCCGGGCUGGGGUUCCCGGCGGUUGA